ACGUCCGCUAGGCGGCGUCACGCGCGCUGCUCUCCCUCCCACAACACUUUCUCCCGCCCUCUCAGCAAGCAGGAAGUCCCUCUCACAGUACCAACAGUACGAAAAAAGUAACUAAUUCACUAUCGUCAUGAGUUCAGACCAACAUUUAAAUUCAAACGCUGAUGACCAGCUCGACCCCAAGGAUGAGAAGCGUUUGGCGGCAGCCGCUGAAGAGGCUAUCUGUCUACCUGAGCUCCGUCUCAUCAUGGUAGGGUGGAGAUGGCCGGGUAAGAGCCUGACCGGCAACACCAUCCUGGGCCGUGAGGAGUUUCGUCUGGAACGUGCUGCCGAAUUCUGCGUCAAACGCGAAACCGAAGUGAAUCGCCGCAAAAUAACUGUAGUAGACACACCUGGCUGGUUCUCAGCCCAGAGCACACCGCCGGAUUAUCAGCAAGAGAUGAUCCAAAGCGUCAGCAUGUGCACUCCCGGCCCUCACGCGUUCCUGCUGGUCAUACCCGUAAGCAUGUUCACUGAAACAGACCGGGCUCGUAUAGAGGAAAACCUGGUGCUGUUUGGAGAAGAUAUAUGGAAGCACACGUUGGUGGUGUUCACCUGGGCGGAGAUUUUAAAGGAGAAGUCCAUAGAAAGGCAUAUACGAAGGGAGGGUCGUGAACUUCAGUGGUUGGUCGACAAGUGUAAAAAAAGGUACCACGUUAUUAAUAACAAUAUUUUUGGGGAGCACCCACAGCUGCCACAGCUGAUGGAGAAGGUGGAGAAGAUAGUGGCUGAAGAAGGCGGUAUUUUCACACUUAAGAAUGAAUCGGAAAAUACACAGAGUCAAGUGCAGACUCAUGAAGAGAAUGAGAAUAGGAACACCACUAGUGUGAAAGAAAACAGGGAGCUUGGUGCGAGACCCAAACAGAACAGUUCCUGCAACUCAUUGCGGGCCAUGGAUGUAGACUCUCCACAAAGUUUGGUUGAAAGUGUCACUGAAUAGUCACACAUGGACUCUUCACUGCUGUUAGGUUACCUCAACUCUAAAUUAUUGCAUCACUUCUUGAAGCUUCAGAUUGUCGGGUUUACAGUAGGAAGACCCUGUAGUUUUAGAUUAUUUAACAUAUAACACCAAUAGGAAUUAUCAUAAAUCACAUUUGUGUUAGUAAAUCAGUAGUAUAACUUUGCAUAUACAAUCAUUGAAGUGAUCCAUACAAAUAUCACAGCUGUGGUCACACAGUAAGUAUGCCACAUCUUUCUCUAGUAAAGAGUGUCAUUUCUGUAGAUUCUGUCAUGUUGAUGCUGAUUAUGAAAACUGAGCUGACAGAAACGCACACAAAUUAUUUGCACUAAUGCAUGGUACUCAACCUAAUGGCCUGUAAAAAUGCCUUAAUUUAUGCACUCAUAACAGCUGUCAGAGACCAGUGUCUGCGUGCUGUGUGUGAUUUAUUAUAGAUUGGUUACAUUGGUUGCUGUGGUUUGUUACAAUUUGUCCAAAAUCUUAAACAAGAAUGCACAACACUGUUUGCUGUGUUUUGCACUUGUCCCCAGUUCUUAUUAAAAGCACGAAUAUAAUAUUCAUAGUUAUUUUUAUAUUAUUUGACUAUUUUAAUGCCUUCGUUUGGGCUUUCAGGUUACUGAAUAGUUUAGGUUUGCAGUUUUCUAUCGUAUGUUUUAAUGUAAGACGAUAUUAUAAAAUCAAAGGCUUAAUAUUUUAUUUAUUUUCAAUCACAUUCCGUGCUGUUACUUUAUAUCAACAGAUUGAGAACUCUUUAGUCAAUAUGCAGCUAUAAAUGUGGUAAUGGAAAUGUUUAAAUUCCCCUGAUAUUAAAGCGAUAUGACUGUGUUGUUACUAAUGGCCCUAUGUUUGUCUAAUGAUACUGUAUUAGAUGUUUCAAAUUUAAUGUAACCAAUUUCAUAUACACAUCCAGUAUUUUCUGCUAUUAAUUCUCAAAUCAACAUUUAAUUUCUUUGUAGAUGUUUUGAAAUUUCUGACUGCUAUAAAAAUCUAUUUUUCAAAAGA